GUUUAUAAUUGCAAGGCCACUAUAAUCUUUUGGGUGGUUUUCGCGAAUGGUUGGCAAUGGUUGGUUGUUUCUGUUUCUUCAUUAACUUCUCUGGCUUAUUUUCAGCAUCAGGCAUAAAUUUAAAAAAUGUUUUCAUAUUGUAGUGACAAUCAGAGGUUUAUUCCAGGAGAAUUCGUGUACUUCAAGUUGUAUCCAAUACACCAAUCUUUUUGAAUUUAAGAAUCAAGAAACUGUUGGUUCAGAAUAUAACGUUUGUUUUCACUCACUCUCAAAUUUCUGUCUCGUUUUUUAGCUAAUCGUAGACUUGGUUACACAAUUUUGAAACACUUUUGACAAUGACAUCUGAACAUUAAAAACAUGAAAACUAGUCUCUCAUUAUUUUAUAUGCGACUGUACAGCUAGGUAAUGAAUCUGUUUUGAGGACACUGCAGUAGAAUUAUUGUUCACAAUAUUUCAAUAAGACUUACGAAAUCCCCGAACUGUUCAUCUCAACGUUGCCAUGUAUCAUGCUAGCGAAAAAUAAGUCGAGCAAAUAAUAGUUGAGGUCGUACUUCUUCAAGAAUAGUUUUUCCGACAAUAUUUACCACUAAAAUGUCAGUGGUUGUGGUGGAAUAUUUAAGCUGUGACUAGUAACACUAUAUAGAGUUAAGACUGUUUCUCGGUCUGCAAAGUGAUUAGCUUCUCCAAAAUACCUAUAAUUCAAAAAUCUCAUCACUUCUGUUAACAUCGCAGUGUUUCAAUGAAUUAAAAGUUUGUCACAGUAGUAUGUAGCACUUCACUUUUAGAUUCACCCAUUGAGUAGUGUUAAGUGUACACAGUAUCUGCUUAAGAUGGCUAAUCUGUUAAUAGAGAUUGAGGCCCUGACCCUUUUAUUUGUUGAUGUAAAGUUCAGUAAAUCGAACUAAUACACAUCUAUGACCAACCAGCUGACUCAUGGAUUACAAAUUGAAGGGCCAGAAUGAACAUUACUGUUAUCAUAUCACUUCAAUGGCUAUGGAGAUAGUUACUUUAUAAAUUUCUGACCUCAGUCGGUAAUUAAUUUAACUGAUUAUGGAAUUCCAGAUAUAUAUUUGACUCUAAGCCACAUCCAGGGGUCAGUAGUACUACUUGGCUUCCCGUAUAAAAUGGGCGGAGCGACAUACGAGCCCGUGGCUUUAUGGUUGGGAAUCAAACCCUCUUACCACUAAGCUAUUUAUCCAAAUUUUGUGGUGUUAGUUUAUUACGGGUAACCCAAGACUAGAUAAGUGUGCGUUAAUCUAAGCUACCACACCUUACAUCAACACAGUAGGAGGAAAUUUAUGGAAUGAAAAAAGAUUGUGUAGUUUUUGUGUCUUCUCGUUUACAAAAGACACUUCAGUCUAUUAAUCACACGUGUACAACUAAGCGGCACGACUAGACAAUCUUUUGAAUAAUGUAUUAGAAACUAACCAACGAUUCAGCUAAUAAAUUCUCACUGACCCACCAUCCUUGUCAGUCAUCAAUUUUCGACAUUAGUCCAUAGAAAUAGGAAUGACGUUGUAUGUUAUGGUCCUUUCCAAUGUUUGAUUACUGACCAGAAGAGCUUCUAAUUUCAGUACUGUAUCCAUGUUCGGUGCAGCGUUAUCUGUUUAUGGUGUUAUUUCGUAUACCAAAGAUUAAACGCAUUUAGCCAUAUCAUUAGUCUAUUUCCUAGUGAGUCGUUUCUUGUUAGGUUUCUCUCAAUUUCUUUCUAAUUCCGGAAAAAAGUAAUCCCAUCGCUGAAUACGUCUAUCUUUACUAAUCUUUUCAUUCAUUAGUAAAUCAUUUCGAUCACUGUACCUUUCAUUUUAUUGUUUAACAUUUCAGAAAUUUUAUUGUUUUAUAAAAUACCACCAUGUUUUCUUUUCGCGUACAGAUUUUAAUGAAAUUCCCUUACGUUUAACAAUAGCUUACCAUGGUGCUCACCAAAAUAAUAUCACCAGUUGCAGUUUUUCUAAUUGCGGUCGAUUCUUCGCCUUUGUUGAUCAGCCACAGAUUGUCUUGGGUUACUGUGUAAAUGACAUACUAUCAACGUGCUUGGAUGAAAAUAAUUUCAAACCAUCUUUAUCAUCUCAUUGUCAAACAUCUAGUUUAUUGUCAGAUGAAAUUAUUAACAAUACAGAAUCAUUAAAUUUAUAUGCAAAUCUUACAGAUAGUAGUAAUAACUGGAAAAUAUUAACAUCAGAACUGUUACAUGGUGAUGCACUACCUGUAAAUAUGAAACCAAUAUUUCGUAUAAAAACUAACGGAGAUGUGAUUAGUAUGACUUUUGCCUCUGGGGAUAGUGCAUUUUGUCGAUUGCCCCACCGUGCAAAUAAGCGUAGAUCGUCUAUUGUUCGUGAAUCACAAGUCUCAUUAUUACUGUUGGGUUUAGCUUCUGGUGUCAUUGAAGUUUAUAAUGUAUUUAGUCUAGUAUCAAGUUCUCCACAUAUCCCCAAAUAUGUCUUGACAGAUGAUUGUACCCUUGUAUAUCUCCUCUCAGCUGCUGUAGACGGAAGUCUUCGUGUUGGUUCCGUACAUCGUGGUGGUGAAGUGAGAUUAUGGGAUUUAUGGGAUGAUGGUAAUAUGUACGGGAAAUUACAACAUAAAUUCACUGUUCCAACAGAUCAACCAUGCAGUGAAAUUCAAGGUGAAGCAUGUACAUUUGCUUGGCAUCCAUGCGGCAGGCAUGUAUUCCUAGCUGGUGAAAGAGGCCAUGGUGUUGUACUCGAUGCUGAAUCUCCUUUUUCUCGAGUCGCCUACAUACGAUCUGGUCAUUAUCAUCGAAUAUCAGUUGCAAAAUUUUCAAAAGAUGGUAGUUUAUUAAUUACUGCCUCUUAUGAUUCAUGUUGUGCUGUAUGGUCUGUACCGGAAUAUCAAUGCUUACAUCGUUUCUGGCAUAUGGGACGUGAACCCAGUAUUCCUCUUCGUGGUGGAUCAAAUGGUCAUCAUAUAUACGGUUUAUCUCUGUCCCCAGAUGAUUUUUACUUUAUUACCGUUUGCGAAGAUAGAUGUAUUCGUUUAUGGCCAUUGGCUCCUGUCAAUUCUCCAUUGAAGAUCUAUUUCGAACUUGCACUCCAAACUCAUACUAAUCUUAAAUUUCGUAGCUUAGCUUUCAGCCCAUGUGGUCGUAUAGUUGCUGUUACGACAUGUAAUGUUGAUUCAUUACUAAACUGUAUAUAAUCAUCAUAUAUGUAGAAUUCUAAAUCAUGAAUCUGAUCAUAAUCUACUUCUUCAAUAUUAUAUAUGUUCAUUCAAGUUAUUUUAUGAUUUUGGCUUACUCAAAAAAGUAAGCAUUGAUCGGCUUAUGUCAUAAGUACAUGACGUACUUUUAUGCUUUGAAAUAAAUUACAAUUAUUCUGAAUUAUCAAUUGUUAGAAGACGUUUUCCAAUACCAGAGGGAUAUACUUGUUCAAUAGAUCAUGACCAUUAUUACCUACAAUACGUUAACAACGAUAAUAAUCACUUACGUGAUUAAAAAGAGAAGACAUGAAGUUUCAUGAUCAGUUUAAUAUUCUAAAAAGUUAAAAUUAUAUUAUAACAAGUCCGUUUACUAUAACAAUAACUAUGAUAUCAGGACAUGACAAGCAUCAAUUACCAGGGGAAACUAACUAAUUAUGUAAUAACAAAGGUCAGUGCGGUAAUAUGUAUUAUAAAGUUUUCAAGAGCCUCUUUACACUUGUCGAAACUUAAAUUUAUUAACAAAAGUAAAAAUGUUAGGUAAAAUAAGGCUUUCCAAGCAUGAAUGAAUUA